AUGACAGCUUCUUUGCUUCACAAUCAACGGCGUGGUUUCCUCGCCAUGCAGGCAUCCCGACUGCGCCGGCAAACUUGGCUCCCCGCCCUGUCGGGGCGCCACCAGGGCGUAAGUUUCACCCGUCAGCUCUCGAUCCUCUUUCUUUUGCUUAGUGUGACUUGCAGUGCCUUUUACGCGAACGUUGUGGCUUCAGACGACGGGCCUCCCACGGAGGAUGUGGCUGUCCAGAUCACUCCGGACGCAUCGCUUCCGGAUGAGGUCGAGGCGAGUAAGGAGGGGGGAUUAGGUUUCGCGGGUAUUCCUAGGAGCACGAUGUAUUCCAUCGCCAAAACCCUCAUUCUGGAUGGUCCUGCUCGUGAAGCGCGGACAAGAAAACUUGUGGAACUUGGCGAGAGACUCAGCGUGAAGGGCAUGGUCCUCGACUUGACGAUCGCACAGCCACCGGCGGCGACUCCGCAACCAACUCGACGACCCUGGGUGUGGAAACAGGCUAAACCCGAUGCACCGAAAUUUGACGUCGAGGAAGUUGUCAAAAGUAUAUUUCAGAAAUUCGUUGUCGAUGUAGAAAAGCGUGCGAUGGCGGACCUCAAGAAAGAAGACCCGGAAUUGGCUUUCAAGCUUAAAGACGUCAACGUAUCUGCUGAACUGAGGCAGCUCGUGGCAUCCCGACUGUCCAACGUUGAAGUCAUAUCCCCGUCAGACGAAACCACUAACGCGCUCCAUGCAGUCGCAGAGUUCUUCACGGACCUAAAGGCCAACCGCGAAAAGUAUUUGACCUCCCUGAAGGAGAAGAUCGAUUUCCACACACCGAUCAGAUUCAGUCGGGCGCUCAUGUGGGACGACAAAGACCAGCAAGUCCAGGAAGUGUUGGAUAUUGCGAGAGAGGAGGCGAGAAAGCGCGUGGUGGAUGCUCUAGACGAAUUUACCCCGGAAGACCGAGUAGCGAUGGGUUCACUAGGCAUCGGAGUCGCGUACCUUGAGGAGGCGAUUCUCGAGCGCAUGGUGAAUCCCUACAUCAUGGAUCGUGCGGACCCAGAUCUCUACAGGAUGCUGCGUGGCGCGGUCGACCAGGCCACAGCCAAGUUGCAUAGCGACCGCAAAGAGGAAAAACGGACUGACGCCGCUCUCUUCCGUGAAAAAAGCCUACUGUCAAUCCCCACAGGGUCGUCCGCGUUCGUGUCAGAUAUACCCUCGAGCGCCAAGCUGAGUCUCGGUGUCGCGUUGAUCUGUGCACUUGUGGGUGCCGCUGUCCUCGGGCUGCAUCUGAAGAAGCGGAAGAAGCAGGUCGCAGCACAAAAGAAAAGAAUUGAUGACGCCAAGCUUAAUCUCGAUCUCGAGGAGCUCUUGAUCAGGCCACUGGACACCGAUGUACCAACGACCACGAGUCGACGAAGUCGGACGCGCUCCAGCAGGAGCCGGCGGCUCGAAAUCGCCAAGAGGCUCUUUGUGGAGCCGGAAGAGGGGCAAGACAUUUCAGUGGGUGAUGAAGAGGAGGUGGAACUCGAGGCCGUGCCAGUGGUUGCAUCCUCGCGGUUCCACUAA